AAAAGAAAGAAGAAGAAAGAAGUGCUUGAGAAACAGGAAAGAGUACAAAAUAUAGAUAUAGAUACACAAAAUACGCCACCAAACACCGAUAAAAGAAAAGAAGUCCUAGAAAUUAGGAGAAGAAAUAGAAGAAACAAGUGA